AGGUAAUUUGAGACAUUCACUUUACCUGCUUAUUGUUUAAAGCUAAUCUCAAAGUGUUUAUUUUCUACAAGAAAAUAAUAAAAACGGACAUGAAAAUUUUUAGAGGAUAGUUUUUUUAAUACAAUAAAAUAUAUAUAUUUUUAAAGCGAGGACAAAUUAUCGGAUUUUAAAUUUUCCCACACUCUUCAGUGACAGGUGUAAACCCACAGGACUAUGUUAUAGAGAAAUAUUCCACAUCAUCCAGAGCAUGAAUUGCCUCAAAGACAACAAACAUUUAUGAAUUCAAGGUAAAUCAAGCAGGGAAGCUCAUUCUCCAUGCAUGCAGAUUAAAUCUGGAAUACAGAGAAGAAUUCUACAGUAGGAGGAAGCCUCCAGUGAAUAUAGGAUAUACCAAUAGCAAUUGUUUCAUAAAAUGCUGGAUGUUUACAAAUACUUUUUUGUGUUUGGAUUUUUAUUCAAUGAGUGAGGCACUCAAUAUCAAACAUUUUCUGGAUUUUAAACAUUUGCUUUCUGGUUUAACAAGGCACAUCACUUGAAAUGACACUGCUCUAAAACUAAAAACAUACAGAAAACUUCCAGUGUUUCUUGACAAAUAGUGCUCAAGUGGACAUCUUUUAGUACAAAGCUUUACAAUAUGGAGAUCAUUUACAAUAGAUCGAUGUAAUGUCGACAGUUGGAAUUAAAGCUGUGAUACUCGUCCCAACCCACUGUGAGGGCUUAAGCCCGUGCCAAUCAAUGUGGUAGGCGGAGCUAGACACGGGAACGAGGCUGAGUAUUAAAGCCAAUAUCAGAAUACUGUACCGGUGCCAAGUGUACGGUAAACAGACAAAAUGAAGUUACGAAAAGCAGCUACACUAAUUAUUCUUGGGAUUUUACACAUUCUAAUUUUGUUACCAAAGGUACUCUGCUCAGGUGUAUUUGAAUUACGGCUAACAUCUUUUACAAAUGUGCGAGGUUUGGAUUAUGAUGGAAACUGUUGUAAUGGAGUAUAUGGAAACUCGAACAGAGGUCACUCAGGAUCUGUGUGUACGGAACCUUGUCAUACUUUCUUUACUAUAUGUUUAACUAAUUAUAUGGCUGACAUUCCAGAGGAUUUAAAUAAAGAAAAGUGUCUUAUUGGAUAUGUGAUGACUAAUGUUCUUGGAGGAAAUAAUGUGAAUUUUGAAACCCUUGAAGGAUUUAACAACGUAUUUAUGUUCCAUUUCAAUAUCUCUUGGCCGGGAACAUUUUCUAUCAUUAUUCAGGCUUGGCACGAUGUAACCUUAACAAAUUCAGAUACUGGCAGCCCUAGACUGCAGAUACACAGGCUAGCUGCACAGCGGCAGCUGCAGGUGGGACCAGAAUGGAGCAACUUCAUUAAUAAAGCCAACUGGACAGAGCUCGAAUACAAAUACCGGGUUCAGUGUAGUAGCGAUUACUAUGACGCCGGCUGUUCGACCCUCUGUAGACCGCGGAAUGACCAUUUUGGUCAUUAUACGUGCGCUGAAGACGGUUCGAAGGUCUGCAUGCCUGGCUGGAAGGGAGCGUAUUGCGAUCAAGCAAUUUGUUUGGAUGGUUGCGAGGAGCAACACGGUUUCUGCGACAAGCCAUACGAAUGCAAAUGCCGGAGUGGCUGGGAGGGUCCAUUGUGCACCAAGUGUAUUACGUAUCCCGGAUGUAGUAAUGGAAAUUGCUCCAAACCAUGGGAGUGCAACUGUUUUGAAGGCUGGGGAGGUCUGUUCUGUACACUAGACUUGAACUACUGUACACAUCAUACACCAUGUCAACAUGGCGGCGUGUGUCAGAAUACAGGAAGCGGAAGUUACACAUGCUUGUGUCCGGAAGGAUACUCUGGUACAAAUUGCGAGCGGGAAAUCGACGACUGCCUCAACCAGCCAUGUCUGAACGGAGGAUUUUGCGAGGAUAUUGGUACCGGAUAUUCUUGCAGGUGUAAGAUUGGCUUCACGGGCAAACGUUGUGACUUAGCUGCAGAGAGUUGCGAGAAAAACCCAUGCAAAAAUGGCGCCACAUGCAUCGAAGGUCAAGGGUCCUAUGUAUGUCAGUGCAAAACUGGGUUCACAGGCCGGAACUGUGACCAGGAGAUCUACGAAUGUGAUCCAAACCCUUGCCAAAACAAUGGACGCUGUAUCGAUAAAGUCAAUGGCUUUAAAUGCGUCUGUGAGAGUGGAUUCAGUGGAAAGUACUGCGAAACGAAUGUAGACGAUUGCACGCACAGCCCAUGCAAAAAUAAUGGCGUAUGCUUAGACAAAAUCAAUGAUUUUGAAUGCCGUUGCGUUCCUGGAUUCGUUGGAGAUUUCUGUCAAACCAAUGUUGACGAUUGUGAAAUGAGACCAUGUGCUAAUGGCGGUUCCUGUAAGGAUUUAGUGAACAAUUUUACAUGCACCUGCCGCCCGGGGUUCUUUGGAAGAUUUUGUGAAAUUGAUAUUGAUGAAUGCGGAAGUAACCCAUGCAGAAACGGUGCCACGUGCAAAGAAAGUGUUGAUAACUACCACUGUUCGUGUUUGCCUGGGUACACAGGCAAGAAUUGUCAGUACUUACCAGGACAGCUGGAAGGAACGACACCCGAUAACACGGACAGAAGCACGGUUACCGAGACAACCACGUUGAAAGGGGACUCAAAUGUCAAACAUAACGUUACAGUUACUGAACAACACGGACAAGAAAAUACUGAAGAAUUUACGACCACACAGUUAUUGUUGAUUGUGUGUUUAGGUGUAGGAAUUCCACUGUUAUCAAUAAUCAUUGUAGUGACUAUUUUAUUGUGCCGAAAGAGACGGUUGCCACAUAAGACUAGAGAGGAAGAAGAAAAUGUGCAAAAUUCCAUAAACAAUAAACUGAGAGAGUCGAAAAUAUUUACGACAAUCCCUCAGAGUAGUUCAAACAUUUCCAAUUUAACAAGUAAAAUAUCAAAUGAAGACAUAGACUUUAAUACAUUGAAAUCAUACAGAAGCAGUAGACCUAAUUCUAUUUAUAUCGGCGAUAAGCCUAUAAACAAUAAACAAUUGUUUUAUAAUCCGGAUCUGCAGGUGCAUUCAAAACAUAGAGACUAUGAUAAAACUACAAAGUCUCUAGAAAAGGAGAAAGUAUCAAUAGAUCCAUCAAAUUUAGAUGUCAGGGAUUACCGCGGUUCACAUGACAUCCACUACAUAGAUAAGCACAUAAACAGAGACACUAUCAAUAGGAAUUCAUUAUUAAUUCUUGAGCCACAACUUCACCAAGAACCACAUCGUCACAGUAGUUACUAUGGUGACGACGUCCUCGCAACGGAAGUCUAGUGACGUCAUACUCUUGUUAGACAAUCUGACUUUGAAUUGCAAUAUAUUUAAAUUAUUUAAAAGAUUUGAAAACAAGUGUAUUUAAAAUGUAUUUAUUGCGAAACAGAUCUCGUUGUUUCCGUGGAGCUACAUAUCUACAGGCCGAGGUUGUCGGCUCAUUAUAACUUAGUCAUUUUGUGAGCCUGCAAGUGCCUUUGUGUGCGGAACUGCAUGUAUGUGUGACAUUUUCGAAAGAGAACAAUUCCAAAGAAUUUAAAUGGCAAACUUCAUGCUACCAUUACCUUUAAAGGGUGGAUAACACACUGUCUCUGGGAGAUCACAUCAGCACGUCACGGUAUUCGUGCUUACGUCAUCAAAUGACGUCAUCGUUGACACACGCGAGUGUCAAGUGACAAGAACUUACCAAAUUCGUCCAAAUAAUUUUGUAUUCAGUGCUAUCAGUUAGAAAUUAAAACUUUUUUUUACAUUUUCAGUCAUUUGUGUUUCUGCAGCAUUUGCGAUUGUUGUGCAUUUUGGUUUGAAGUUACAUUGUAUGAUUUGUUGUAUUCAUCAAUCAUCGCGUUGUUACCAAAAAAUAGAACUGAUACCAUUGAAUGGGAGAUUAUAUAAACCAAAACAAAAUUGCCAUGUCAUUAUGCAAAAUCGAUAUGCAUAGCACCACUUAAUUCCGAAAAUAUAACUUCUGCUGACUGGAGUAAGAAAUCAACCAAUCAUCGUGCACCAACAAACAUUAGGUCACUUGCUACGUCAUAAUUCAUUAAGAAAUCCACAAGUGCUCAAUUUUCAAGAUGGGACCCAGACCGCGCUGAGGACAUAUUGAACUGUUAGAGUCACGUAAUAAUGUGGCUUGCUGGAGUAGUUCAAGAUUGUUCAAUGCAACAGUCUUAUGUGAAAAACAAACUAGUGCUUUUGGGUGCAAUUUUUGCCACUGUAGUUAGACAUUUUAUGAACUGAGGUAUUGUUGCUUAACAAAAUUUAUAGCUUUAUAACUAUUGUUGUGUGAAAUCUGGUCUUUUAAAACAUUUUGUACAUAAAAUAAAUAUGUUUGCAAACAUGGCUAAAGUUUUAUGCACAAAAUCUGUGCAAUUCAUCAUACAGUAUACAUAGGUAAUGUUAGAUGUCGUACAGUAUACUUUGUAUGAUGUUUAUAUAGAAUUGUUUCGGCUGACUUUAAGGUUGAGGGAUACAUUUUCAAUAGUAGUUUAUAAACAGGUUAUGCUUUAAUAUUUUCUUAUUUUAUAUAGAAUAUUUACAGUUUGUUAAACAAUGGUUUCAGUAUAGUUUGUCAUUUUGAUUAACUGUUUUUGCAUUUUUUUUUGUAAUUUUAGCGUUUGUUUAUUUUAAGUAUUUUUGACAAAAACAGUACUUAAGAAAUCAGAUUUUAACAGAUGGUAUACUAUUCUUUAUUAUACAACUACUUAAUUUUAGAAUUUCGUUGCUAAACGUGUUUUGUUUAAAAAGUAGAAACCGUUCCCACAUUUUCCUGAAAUAAAGAAGGAAAGGUAUCCAAUAACCUUAAAGUAAACCGGAAGUGCUUGAUUUGCUUGAUGAUACUUAUUCAGUAUUUUGUUGAAUCAAAUAUAUUUGCAUAUUGUCAUGAAACUUCUGCAGAAAUGAUCACAAUUAUUUUGCAACAAAUUUUGGAUAUUUAUGUGAUAGAAUUUGAUAUUAAGAAUGUGUGAUAGAAUUUAAUAGUAAAGAAUGAGAUCUCUAAAAAUACCAAAAACAUUAUGAUUUACAUAUCAAUUUGACGAUAGCAAACUCACUGACAAUAUACGAAAAUAUAUGAUCAACGCAUAUGAUUAUAUAGGGCAUAUAAAUAACGUAUCAAAAAUGAAUUUCUCCCUUCCAUGUUGUUUAAUAUACUGAAUUAAUGUUCCUGCACUAGAAUUUAGCGACAAUAUUGUUUCAGCAAUUUUUUACUCAACAAUUGGUGCCCCAUUACAUGCAUUUCAUUUUUUGCAUUUGGUUAUUUUCUGUAUAUUUAGCACCUUUGUAUUUAUUUUUUUCUGCAUUCUAAAUUUGUUUCGGUCUUGACCUAGAACCUUUAUCUUUCCAUAGCCUUUUUGGACAAACUUAACUGCAGACUUUAUACCAAAGUGAAAAUUCAGACCAUUGAGUUAUUGUUUAUACAAUUAAAAUUACAUUUCAGAAAAAGGUGAUUAAACCAAAAAGACACCACGUGACCAGGCAGAUCUCCCAUCAUUCCAUUUUCAUUGGGCAAAGCCCAUUAAAAGUUUCGUCCAUAAUGCGUCUUGUGUCGCCAAUUUUUGUAAUUCUGUCACAAAAUUAGUCAUUUCUGUUCUUCAUUUUCUCAUUCUCAUAUACCAUUUCUCAUUUCUUCAUCUUGUCUAUCAUUCUCAAAAAUUAUUUCUAAAUUGAGAUCUGGAGCAUUCAUGUUUCAUUUUCUUUCGUUCAUCAUGCAUAAUAACGUGCCAUUUGCUGUAUUGUUAACACAUUAUACUAAGCUGUUGAAGACAUUUGUUCUAUCUUAAAUUGAUUGUUAAUGAUCUUAGUUAAAGUCACUUUUACAUUUGUUUUAAAAAACGACAACCGUCAAAAUGCACUUAAUGUUAAAGUUUCUUUUCGGUUUUUCAGAAUUUAUACCAAUUUAUAAUCUUUAAGCAUGUUUUUUGUUCUUGUUUAGUUCUCUGUUGAAAAAUACAGAUUUUAAGUGAAGUAUAAAAAUACUUAUAUUUGACAAAGGAAAAUUAUAUUUUCCACAUUAUUAUUGUUAGGAGUAUAGCAAGGUCACACAUUUGACAUUUCUUCUUCAACACUGAGUUUACACAGCUUAGUAAUGUUACAUUUUUUCGCCUGUGAUGUCCUUUGUAUAUAUUAUGUAUAUUUAUAGAAAAAAUUGUUCCAGGAUGUAUAUAAAACUGUUAUUACUGUUUAUAUGAUUAUUACUAUUGGUAUUUCACGAUAUCAUGAUUAAAUAAAGAAGUCACAUGUGACUAUUUUUUCAAUA